AUGAUCAACAUCGUGUCAAAGUCACCUAAAUCGACCGGCGAUACCCCAGUUGAUAGCAACUUCAUCAAGCUAGAUAUCGUUCUCAUGCUUGUGGGAAGCAGAGAUGAUGUGAAAUCUUGCAUUUUGGUUGGCCAAGGGCUUAACAGGCAUGGUCACCGAGUUCGAGUCGCAACCCAUUCGAUCUUUCAUACUCUUGUGAAAAAAGCCGGACUAGAGUUCUUCUCGGUCAGCAGUGACCCAGAGCAUCCAAUGGCUAAAAUCGAUUCAGCGUUCAUGCCUCGCUUAGCCAGUUCCAAGAAGGCCGACAUCAUGAAUAACAGCAAAUUCCUUGUUGAUACCUUGAAAGCAUGUUGGAUCGCCUGCACCCAUCCAGGGCUAUGGAAAGACAAGCCCUUCCUUGCCGAUGCUAUUAUUGCAACUCCUCUUGCCCACGCUCACAUUCAUUGUGCCGAGCGUUUAUCAAUCCCUCUUCACAUCAUGUCGACGACACCUUGGACACCUACCAGAGAAUUUGCCAAUCCUUUAGCACAGAUUCAGGUGGAUGAGUGUGUUGACCGUGAAAUGCAAAAUUACCUUUCGUUUCUGUUUAUCGAAGAAUCACUAUGGAAUGAGGUUUCUCAUGUCGUUGAUCAUUUCCGGCAAGGGAUUCUUGGCCUCCCCAGUCUCCCCGCCGGUAGAGGGGUGCUUUUAAGGCAAUUGGACAUUUCCCACACAUAUCUUUGGUCUUCUUCUUUUCUUCAAAAGCCAGCAGACUGGAGCGAUGCUAUUGAUAUCUCCGGCUACAUCAACUUAGAGUCUCGGUCUACAUACAUCCCCUCAGACGAGUUGUUACGCUUCCUCGAUGCUACACCGGUACCUAUUUUUGUCUCGUUAGACAUCACCUUGCUUGGGAACUCGGAAAGAUUUGUACGAUACCUCAAAGAGGCAUCCACUAAAUACGGUCUUGCAUUCCUCCUGCCAAGCAGUUUCCAUCCAGUCAGCGGUCUAUCAGAUUCCCCGAACAUUUUUGUCUUACAAAAUGUCCCCACUGAUUGGCUGAUACCCCGGGUCUCCAUUGUUUUUACGCAUGGCAAUAUUUCGACAAUGUCGACGGCACUUCGUCAUGGCAAGCCGAUGGUGUCAUUUCCCCUUCUUCGAGAUCAGCCUUUCUGGUCCUCGGCCAUCCACAGGUCUUGCAUAGGUCCAGCACCCAUUCAAGAGAAGGACUUCUCUACAGAAACUCUGGUCGAUGCGGUGCGCUAUUGUAUGCGGCCAGAAACAAGAGAAGCUGCACAGCGUAUUGGCCGGCAAAUUCAGCAGGAGAAUGCCGUUGAAAAUGCAGUCAAUUCGUUCCACUCUCAUCUGGACUGGGAUAGCUUCAGAUGCAGUGUCACGAAAACCGACCCUGCGAUAUACCAAAUGCGAGCUAAGCCGUCCAUCAAACUGUCGGCGGUAGCAGCGGCUGUCCUUAUGAGGGCGAAAGCGAUGAGAGUAUCCGAAUUGGAGUUAAUUAAGCGCCAAAUAUACAUCACCGAGAAUGGACAAGAAGCUCUAUUGCAUACAGAGGAAAAGGAAGUGUCGACUUUUGGUGAAGUGAAAUCUGUCAGCAGAAGUUUGAUGAAGGCCAUUGUCAAACCAACGAUCUCGCAUAUCUCAGAUGCAUAUAAUUCGCGUGAGGAUGUUGAUAUCGCUGAUACUUUGAAUGGAAAGGUAAAAGUCGAAAAGUCAAAAGGCGAUAUGGCCUUGAAAGUGGCCAGGACUAUAGGCUUCAGUUCGGCAGUAUUUUGCGGGAAGGUUGCAGCUCUACCAUUCAAGACCGUAUGGUACAUGGGUGAAACGGCAAGCUACGGAGUGAAGAGCCUGAAAGGGUCCCAAAGCUAUGACUCUGGUCUUUCCAGAACGAAUUGUCAGGAUGAAGAAACGGCAUCACAAGAAUUAAUUCCGGAAAACGGGGUGCCGGAGACAAAAGGCUAA